UGUGUGUGCAUUUUUUUGUUGUACAACUAAUUAAAAAUUAAUUUAUUAUUUACAUUGCAUAAUUUUCCCUAAUAAAUUGUUUAUAAACAAAAAGCACAACAAAUAUUAAAAAUACAAUAUUUGUUAAUGACAAUAAUAAUGUCGGGGAAAUUAAAACAAUAGGAAAACAAAGAGAGAAAAGACAAAAAUAGACAUGCCAAAAAUGGGGCAAUUACUAGCAGACAGUGAAGAAAAAAUUAAAAUUUAAAGAAUAAAUAUAAUAAAAAAACAAAUAAAAAACAAAAUAAAUUCUAAAUUAUAUGAAACUAACAAUAUAUUUGCAAAUAUGUCGAAUAUUAAAAGUGUUAAUUUUUAUGAUUUAUGUCGUAUUUGUACGACUACAACAGAACAAAAAAUUGAUAUUUUUUCACCGGAAGGCAAAACAAAAAAUUUAUGUGCUAAAAUUACUGAAUGUUUACCUUUAAAUGUGGACGAAAAGGAUCGUUUGCCAAAAGUUUUGUGUCCGCAAUGUAUACAGCAUUUGGAAACUUAUAUGGAAUUUCGCAAUAUUUGCCGCAAUUCCCAAAUCAUGUUAACAUCAUGCUUGAAUACAGCUUCGGCUCAGAAUGGUGGUAAAGUUUUGAUUAAAGACGUUUUAUCGGCUACGGGUAGAAGUUUGAGUGUUACAAGUAAUGCGCCAAAUUCUAAUAAUAUAAACAAUACGGAACAAUUACCAACUGUUUCUACACAAUGUUUGAAUCAGACAGUAGCACCAUCACAGCUUCAUACUCAGCAACAGCAACAACAACCGCUACAGCAGCAGCAACAAUUAUUUACAAUACAAGGUUCGAAUGUAAUGGCUCAUUCUGUGGUCAAUCCAUUGACCCUAUCAGCUGCGGGUAGUAUUCAGAAUCAAGAUUUCCUUAAUUCUAUAAUGCAAGCUGUUGGUAUUCAGAAUGAUCAGGUUAAAGUUGAAAAACCUCAAACGAUACCGCAAUAUACCAUAACCGUCGACAAUAGUGGACAACAACAACAAUCACAACAAAUAAAUUCCCAACCUAGUACACCAAAUAAAGAUAAUGAGACGAAGAAUAAUGCUUUGGAGGAAUUUUUGAAGAUUAAGCCCAAUAUAAAAAUAACACCCACAAGUAAAAAGCAACAACAACAGCAGCAGUUGCAACAACAACAGCAGCAACAACAGGAGGAACAACAAGCGCAGGAGGAACAGCAGCAGCAAAAUUUGCAACAACAGCAACAAGAAUUACAGCAACAGCAAAUCCAACAACAGCAGUUACAACAACAACAACAAGAACAACAACAUCACCAACAACAACAGCAACAACAACAGCAACAACAACAAUUAGUACAAUUUCAACUUCAACAACUUAUUCAACAACAAUUACAGCAACAACAGCUGCAACAACAAUUACAACUCUUGACAUCGCAACUACAACCGCAACAAAUCACAAUAACAGCACCCACAUUACAACAGCAACAACAAGCGCUGCCGCAACAACUCCAUCUACUACAAUCGACUUCUUUAACGGCGGACAAUAAACUUAAUGACAACAAUAACGAUGACUUAAGUCCAUCGAAAAAUAAAAAGCCUAAAUUAAAUUUUGUGCUCACACCACCAAAUCAUGCAACAACAACUACAAUACCUCAAUUAACAACCGUGGCCACAACACAAAAUACUACACAAACGCAUCAACAUCAAGCAACAGCAGCACCUCAAAUACAAUUACAAUUUCAGCCCACCUUAACACCACAAACUACAUUACAAUUACAACAGACACAUCAGCAGCAACAACAAAAUCAAAAUGCUGCCACUGCGGCUUUGCUUUCGAAUUUGGCUCCCUUACUGCAACCUCAGACCCAGUUAAAUGCCGCCUUACAAACGCAAGCUUUGGCCAAUGUUGCAACUCAUAAUAGUGGAGGAAACAUGCUAUCACCUAAUAAAUGUUUUUUGCCCAUUACGAUUAAGGAUGAAAACACUGAUCAGCAGUUUGUGGCUCAUAUUGAUGCUAAAAAUUUCCUUUUACCCACCACUUAUCAAUUGCAAAUGAAGUUACAACCUCAAAUAGCAACAGCCGAUGGUCAACCCAUAAUGCAACUAGCACCUACUUCAAUACCAGCAACCUUGCAAUUUGCUCCUCAAGCAUUAAAUGCAAAUCAAACAUUCCAAACAUCUGCAGCAGUAGCGAGCUUUAAUAACAAUUCCAACUUUUCAACACAAUUAAUUCAGCAGCAACAACCACAACAGCAACAAUCGCAAACCAUACAAACACAACAACAGCAGCAGCAGGUACUGCCACAGAUAGUUAACACUCAAGCCCAAACACAACAGCAACAAAUUACAACACAAACACAGCAACCUGUGCCCUCACAAACACAAACACAACCACAAACAUUGCAAAUCACCCAGUUACCAAAAAGUGUCCAAAUAACCUCCCAACAAGUACUUACAACUGGAGAUAAUAAAACUUCUAAAAAACCAACAGCAACAACAAAUAUAACAGAAAAAACAUCAACCACCAGUGAAACUGAAAAACAAUUACCAAAAAUACCAACAGCAACAACAACUGUUGCACAAGUCGGUGGAGAACUGCAAAAAGUAGUAAAACAGCAAAAGUAUAAAAUAUCACAACAUCCUGGUAGUAAUACAAUUGAGAUAACACCCACCACCAGUUUUACCCAACAGAUAAUGCAACAAGUACAGCAACAACAGCAGCUGAAACAAAAGUUAAAUCAACAGCAAAAUCCGGUGGAACCCAAUACAUUAACCACACAACUAGGUGGUAUAACAGUACAGCGUAUAACAACUAAAUUAAAUUCCACAGCAACAACGACAACAACAACAAAUACAGGAAAUUUUGCUAAAGAUCAUGUUAGACAUUCCACUAGACAAGCCACCAUAACGCCGUUAAAUCAACAAACUCAACAGCAACAACAACAACAACAGACAGUUACAACUUUACCUAAACUACCCAUGUUAAAUAAACAAAAUAUAACCAUAAGUCGCAUAACACCACAACAACAACAACAACAGCAGCAGCAGACAAAACCUCAAAAUGUUACGCCGCCGCAAAAAUCACAAAUUGGUAACACUACAUUAAAAGUUGUGGCGCAACAAACCAAAUCACAACUUUCAACACCCACUCUGCAAAUAACAACGUCAACAGCACAACAACAAAAGCAACAAACAUUACCCACUAGAACUAUAACACAACAACAAGCUGUAAAAACCAACUCCCAGCAACAGCAGCCUCAGAUUAUAUCCAAUAUACCCAAUACUACACUAAGAAUCUCUCCAGUCAAGAAAUUUAUUAAAAAAACACCUGCAAAACCCAAUCCCAUGGAAACUAGUCACAACACCAACAUCACGACAUUAACUACAAAUCAGCAACACACGCCGCAGCAAACUACCAAUAACUUAAACUCUCAAAAUAACACUGCAACGACUACGACCAUAACAACAACAACAGGAUCUCCCACAACACAAGUACAUUAUGUCACUGAUAUAACAUCCAUACUUCCAUCAGCAACAACAAAUGAAAAUAACACACCAUCAUCUACAAUCAAUAAUAUACCAACAAUAUCAACACAAACUAUUACAGACACCACUACUAACAACUCAACAAACUCGUCUAACUCUGAGCAGGCUAAUAAAAACAGUUUAGAAUGCAGCCAAUGUGGCCGGGUAUUUAAGAAAAAGGAACAUCUUACACAACAUGUUAAAUUGCAUUCCGGCAUUAGACCCUUUAAAUGUAGCGAAGAGGGCUGUACGAAAGCAUUUCAUCGUAAGGAACAUUUGUUGCGUCAUAUAGUUUCGCAUACGGGCAAGAAAAUGUUUAGUUGUGAUAUUUGUCAGAAACCAUUUUCACGAAAGGAUAAUUUAAGUAAACACCGGAAAAUUCAUACGGAUCCCAAUCCCAAUCAUUAUGUGUGUGAAUUUUGUAGUAAAGUUUUCGCUGUUAAAGCUUAUUAUGAUCAACAUAAACUAUUGCAUCAAACUAAAGCUAUAAACGAAGAGGAUAUUGAGACUGUAAACGAAACAACUGCAACAACAAAAGAAACAAAUCAAAAUUCUGAUAAUAAUAGUAGCAAUAACAAUGACAACAAUACGAAUCAAAUAGAAUAUCAAACAGCAACACAGCAACAGCAAAAAACAACAAAAUCAACACAACAAAUUAUACAACAGGAGCAGCAGCAGCAGCAACAAACUCAACAACGACAGGAAUUACAAAUGGUACAACAACAGCUACAGCAAUUACAACGUCAAAAUCAAAAUUCCAAUCAAACACAAGCCCAGCAAAUAAUGCAUCUUCAACUACCCACCUCUAUUGUCACCACCCAAGAUAUGGCCGGCAAUACAAUAACCAUAACACAAGCAAAUGAUCCUCAAGCAAAUGCUUUAAAAACUCUAACACUUAGUGGUAAUACCGGCGGUAUUACAAACUCUACUGGUGGCAAUCAUCAUGAUGCCACUGUAUUAAAUUUACCCACAUCUUUAGCAAGUUUCGUCCAAUUAUCUCAAGCACAAUUUGUAAAUGCAACUACUGGUCAAAUAAUGGGUCAUCUUAAAAUUGAAAAAUGAUCAUCAGUAAUGUAUAAAAAUGCUUAAUGUGAGCAGCAACAACAACAAUAACACACCUUACAUAUAUGUAUUAUAAAUAUUUCAUUCAAAUGGAUGAUGUAGAACGUGUACUUUUUGUUUGUCUGUAAGUUGUAAUUUUUUAUAUUUAUUUAUUAUUUUUUUUUAAAUAUUUUUUUGCAUGCCCAAUUUGUAGAUUUUAGUAAUAGGUUGUAGAUUGUUUAAAAAAAAUCAUAAAUUUUAAGUGCAAAACACAAAAUAUUUUUGUAGAUUUAACACAUUUUGUAAACGUUUUGUUUUUGUAUAAUUGUUUUCUAAAUUUUAUUGAUAUUAUUAUUAUUUAUUUGUAAAUAUUUUUACAAUAUUAUAUGUACACAUGUGUUGUAUAUCAACAGCCAUAAUGUUCCAGUGUUUAAUAAGAAAUCUAAUCGAUGAUUUCUUACAAAAAUAUUUAAAAUUCAAUUUACGUGUGUUUCUUUUAGUGUGUCUGUGUUUUUAUCUCAAUUUAUGUUUUUAUGAAAACUAUGUUUAUUGUUUCAUUUCAAAAUGUAUGUAUCAUUUUAUUGACACGACUGACCUGCUAUUAUAGUUUUUAUUUUGGAAAAAUGUAUACAUUAUUGUAACAUCUUCAAUAAAUUUUGUGAGCAAGGAAAUUAAAAUAUACAUUUUUUUACGUAUUAAAACUAGUCAUUUUUUCGAGCGUAAUUUAAUAAUUUUUUAGCUUUCGACUUCGUUUUUAUACCCUUCUCCUUAGUAGGCCGUGUUGGCCUUAUUUCACGGUGGUCAUUUUCAAUCACUGGGUGAGCUUAUUUGACGAUUGCACCGCCCCUUUGUGCAAUUUUGUACAUGGUUGCACUGGUCCAUGUACAAGCACUUUGCUCAAGUACUCGAGCUUUCCAAUCUCUUGUCAUAAUAGCCCCAUUGAGGAAUGAAAGAUAUCAUGAGUCAAGCUCAAUCAAAGCCUGACAUAGGAAAAGGCAAUCACUCAGGUGAAAACACCCUAUUGAUGUUAUAAGGAACGCUAUGUCCCUACAAACAUUCUCAUCAUCUAAAGACUCAACCCAGUGCAUUCCUGGUCCUCUUAAAGUAGCCCAACCACACUACUGAUUCUGUUCUUUUGGCAACAGCACCUAAGGACGUAAUAGGUGGUUCGAAAACACAGAUCUAUAUUUAAUUAAUCAGACUUAUUUCAGUGGCCACAAGGACCUACUGUGAUAAGUUGAGCAGGUUUUAGAUUAAACUCCAAGACAGUCAAUCAUUAAGGAAAAUCGCCGAUAAAUUAAAGAUUAAGGUAUUAUACAACUCCUCCAAUGUCUCAACCAACUCCACCGCCACUUCAACCGUCACUCUAUCCGUCAUUCCGACAUUUCAAAGAUAUAACUCAUAAUCAAUCUCAUCCAACAGAUACAAGAUUAAGCCAUGUCCUUCUGUCGUUCUAUCUGUCUGUCUGUCCGUCUGUCUGAUGAUAACAAUUUUCUGAAGACCCUAGAUAUCUUUGGGAUCUACAUCUUCAAUAAUUUUAUCUGACAUACUUUCGAGAAGUUGCCUAUCAGUAAAAUCGGUCUAUAAAUGUCAGAGAUAUGAGCAAUAAUACGAUACAAUCUCCGAAAAUUUCGUCAAAAAAUUUGUAUUAUUUGCAUGCAGACGCAUGAAAACAACAACAACGUUCAGAUUAUGCUUGUUGUGAGUACGUUUUCUUUGCUUGUUUAUAAUAAACAGUAAACCACUGGAAACAACAACAACGUUCCCUUAGGUCUGCUCGUCUAUAAAGAUUCCUCUAAUAAUUGACCCAUAUCAUCAAAAAUACAGAAUUAUAAUAAAUUUAGAUUAUACACAGGAUUAUAUAGUUCGUUAAAAUAAAUUGAUACAAAUUUCCCACAGAAAAACAAACAAUAUUGAAGGUUCUUAGUGAUAACCUUCAGUAAAAACUGGAGGUUAGGUAAGGUUGAUACAAUGAUGUAUGUAUACUGCAUCAAAUCUAAAGAAAUACACCUAGACUAAUAUCGGUUGUGAUUGUGCGCUCAUUAACAUAAAAAAAUUUUGGUGUUUUAUGAAAGUAUUAUCGUCCGAUGUUCAGAAACUCAGUUUCCUUCAAGUAAUUCCUAAGAAUUUUCCAAUCAGUAUUCGUAAGAGAUGUUAUGUCCGGAAUAAUAUCUCACUCAAGAUAUGUGUAUAUAAUUUUGAAUGGAAAUUAGCUAAAAAAGAAAAGGAUCAAAAAAAAAAAAGAAACAUAAAACUCAAAAACUGUAAUAUGCAAAGGACCAAGGGCUAUUAUAGAUAAAAUAAUAUUUAAAUCUGGAAGCAAAAGGCAGAUGAUAUAGUAAUUGUCAUCAAAGACUACUAUUUGAAAAAAAAAAAAAACUACCAAUUU